AUGGCAGCCCAAGGGGACCGCUUGUUCGCUACUCGCCGUCUCGUGAAUGAGUCAGGCGCUAGGCUGAUCCCUCCUCGUCCUUCUCCUCUUGUGCCUCCCGAGCGAGACAUAAUCCAAAGUGUCAGUCGGACUCGCCCGCCCCGGCAAGACUCCGCAUGGACGGUCAGGAUAAACUUGAGGGGACGACGGCAUGCGAGCGCGGAUGACCAUGUUCUCGAUACUCAAUCUAUCACUGCACUUUUGCGAAGGGACGAAAGCAUUAAGAUACCGACGUUUUGCAAAAAAGGGAGGAAGAACAAACGCUUUGAUGCCGGGCAAGAAACCGAAUUGCUUCGUCUCGUCGAGUCAAUCGUCGUUUCGUCCGGUAAUACCGGAGCCAGCGAAUAG